AUGUGUGCACCUCCAUCCCAGGUGCAGGUGCUGGUGUGCAGUUUGACUUGGGCAUUCCAAUUGCCUACCCCUUUGAAGGUGUUCCAGACAAGGGAGGGAAAUGAGACUCACCAGGUUCAUGUAUUGAAAGAAGGGAGUGAAGAACAUGUUUCCAAGGGAACAGCAUACUGCCUUGUCUACUCUAAGCAUCUGACUUCAAAACUGACAAAGAAUAUGGGAGAACCCAGCCAAUCUCGCAUGCCCAACCGAAGGAGUCUGAUCAUAGAAGCAGAAGAAGGAGUUCUGACUGGCGAUGAUAACGCCAUGGAUCAGCCUUGGAUCUACCCCAGCAUAACUAUGCAGGAGGAGAGCUCCCAUAUGCCUCUGCUGCUGAGCUUGCCAUCAUCACCUUCAUCUCUUGUUUAUACUCCUGUGACCUUGGAGCAGCCAUUAAAUGUUUCUUUUGUUGGGGAGCCCCAGGGGACCCCUGUCCUGCCCAUCAUAUGCUCAGGUCUGGUCCUUCAACCCUGUGCCACACCUGGCACAUUACUGUUGCAGCCUCAGGCCACCAAUGACUCAGACCAGGAUUCAAUGUCUGCUGCUUUGGAGUGGCAGCAGAAGAUGCAAGCUGCUGAGGCUCUACUGGCUCUGAAAAACUCUUCUCAGGUUCCUCCUGAACCCAAUUCUGCACAUGAGUCUCUAAGUGCUCCAGGUCCUGCUGGAGAUACAGAAAUGGAGCCUUCCAGCCCCAGGCUGCAAUCUAACUCACCCAACUCCGUUUCACUGCCUAAUGGACAACAGGGCUACAUUGUCUUCUUUGACUAA